AUGAGAUCAGAACUGCAGAUUUCAACCCUCCUGGUCCCUCCGCCUGGUCCCGCGCUGCGCCGACCGACACCUUCCAACCCCGCUCCAUCAUGCAAUCCUCACGUAUUCAACGACGCCAUGGAUGUUCGCACUAUGAUUUUUGUGAACGAGCAAGGAUGUAGCCCCGAGAGCGAAUUCGACGAAGAUGACCCACGAAGUUGGCAUUGGGUUUUUUAUGAUGGCCGGGCGGACAAGCAGAUCCCCAUCGGGGUAAUACGAUUAGUCCCGCCACCGCACCCGUCUCAUGAAACCCUUCUUAGGGACAGCGGUGCAAGUCAUCAGUUGGAACGUCACGCCGAACCCGAGGAACCGUACGUCAAAUUGACAAGGGUUGGACUGUUGCCGGCCUACCGGGGUAUGGGAUUGAGUCGCAAGUUGGUCGAUACAGCAUUGGACUGGGCGGCAGAGCAUAAGCAUGAGGUAGUCUCUGCUGGUUGCAAUAAGCAACCCUGGAAUGGAUUGGUACUGGUCCAUGCGCAAGUCCAAGUGGAGGCAUUGUACGCGCGUAUGGGAUUCGUGACUGAUGAAAGCAUGGGAACAUGGGAGGAAGAGCGGAUUUUACACGUUGGCAUGUGGAAGAGAGUCAACGUACCGCCAUAG